AUGGAUUCGUUCAAAUCCCAUUCGUUCAAUUCUUUCAAUCACUCCCAACAAUCGAUCACUUCGCAUUCCCGACAACCAUUCGGCAAUCUGGCGAAUAAUUUCGAAGAAAAGGGUUUCUCCUCAGCUUCACUCUCGUUGAGAGCACAGAAAAAGUUAGCCUCUCAUUUCGCGAAUCGUUUCUUCGUUAAACCAUUCAUCACACCGAAUAGCGCUCAAUUUUUGGAUCUUCUGUGCUCAAUUCUCGCAAGAUUCUACUCGAAAAAAGACGCUGAAAAAACGAUCAAAAGUGUGAUCAAAUUGACGGUGAAAUUGUGUGUGAUUAGUCGAUCAUCGAAUUUGGAAGAGUGCCAGCAAAAAUCCUUCGCACAAACACAACGCUUUUUACACUCUCUGGCGCUUACCAUUUCUUCCUUUUACAAAUUAAAAGGUUCCUACGAUCUUUCCUUUCUCCUCACACAAUUCUCCCAGUUGAAAGACUCCCUUGAACCAUUGAUCAAAACGAGUCUCAGCGAGAAAUCACAAAAACGAUUUUGUGAAAUUUUUCAGUCUCUUUCGAAUCCCGAUUUCCUCGACUCCCUCUUCACAGCUGAUGCGAAAAUCAACGAUUCUCUUCCAAAAAUCGCGGCCACAAUCGAUAAGUUGCUUGAGAAUGGCGACAUA